CAACAAUAAUCGUGCCUAAAAAAAUCUUGGGUGGCUUUUAAACUGUUUGUCAAAACAAUUCUAAUUUGUUGAGUGGGUUAUUUCGCGCUUGACAGCUAUUUGGAGAACAAAUAAUUUUAUUUGAUUGGAAAACGACAGAACAAUAAUAAGAACGCGCCUAGUACAGCAUCAGCGUUUGCUUUCUUCGGAAUAGUGCUUGGCAUGCAAUAAUUUCCUUACAAAAACAACUAUCCGCGACACGGGUUUUAUUUUGCUGGUACAAAAUUUAACAAAGGGUUGUGAAACACGCUUUUCGGUUGUUUUGUGCAACUCGCAAGGUGUCUUUGUUGCAUGCGGUGCAAGGAUUCUUGCGUUAUCGUAGGUUCGCUGAACACCCUCCGAACAACAACAUUAGGUGCGGGCAGCUGAGACUAUUGGAAUCUCGCUAGUUCUAUGAACACUGCACACGAACAAAACCAAUCCGACGACGAUUCCAGAGUCGAUGAAGAACCGUCAUCCUCAGGAAGCCAAUCGUGCGGAAAGGAUGAAAGCCAAACUACAGAACCUAACAAGCAAACAAACCAUACGGCACCGUCCUCCUCUCCGGUCACAUCUUCCUCCGGUCGGUCACGCGCAACAAGUUCUGGGAUGACGAGAGAAGAGCAGGAAUUGAAACGAGUUUCAGCGAAAAAGCUUAUCGAGCGGUAUUUCUACCAGCUGAUGCAGGGCUGCGGUAAUUCGAAAUGUUGCAACAAAAACUGCGCCUCGAGCGGAAAGGUCGGUCGUUUGACACCGAACGCAGCCGCCGCCCGGGCAAUCCAUCUGUUUUCACAAGAAGCUGAUUUGUGCUUCGAGGCGCAACCGGCAAAGGUAGCGAAAACGAAUAUUCAUCAUAAUGCGGCAUGCAGUAGCGCUACGCUUUCUUCGCCUGGACAAGAGUCUAGCUCAGCGGCAAAUCAAUCAAAUACGCACUGUGACCAAAGCAGUAAGGAGGACAACAGUGUCGAACGAAUGGAUGUGGCGUAUGACAACUCCGCGUUUGAUCUAGGAUCGAUGGAAGAGGUCCCGACGGAAACAAUGGAUUCUAGAAACAGUCUUACGGGCAGCAAUUGCCACAGCACUGAUCCUCUUACUGCGGCCGUUGUACCAGUGGCUAGCAUUGAGAAUAAUAACGUUAGCAGUGGGAGCAGCAGCACGAAACCCAAGACAGACGAGGGCCAAUAUAUCGAUGAACGAUUGUUGCAGGAAUUGACUGAACGUUGUAUUCGGGAAGGAUCGGACGCACCGUUGAUCCGCACGGUCGGUGCGGUGUUUUCAUCGUAUCGUGGCCUAGCGGCAAGCUUCCAGUUUUGUCCAGCCUCGUCCAGCAUCGAAAAAAUGUUGGCACGCGCUCCCGCAGGUGAUUUGCGAAACAUAAAGAAAGAGGAUUUGCGUUCGCUCGAGGGCGACCCGGACAAGGAUGAAGACAGUAAAGCACCAGUAAAAUUGGUUCCGGAUGUACCGGAUCCCGCUCAUACAACGGUCGAUGUGGAGUCGCUUCGUCGGUCACUGAGAGCAUUGUAUGCCGCCCGUCCAAACGUGUUCGAAAUGAUUAACAACGCGCUAGAGCGGCUCGCCGAAUCUCUUUCGAAGGAUCUGUGUAUUCGGCAACCCAUUCCGGACGAACUGGAAUCGUUUGUGACGGUGUUUGUAAUCGCGUUUGAAACCAUACUUGUUGGUGCGGUCGACUGUUUAGAGGGCUCGUUUCCAGACAUUUGCGCUAAUGUGAUUCAGUUACCCGUAUGGGCACAGUGCCGAUUGGUACGCAUUUGGGCCGAACACUGCAAGGAUAGCAUCCAUCCGUUGGUGCAGCAGCUGCAGCAACUGAUAACCGUGACCACGCUUUCACUGAACGCCUCGUACCAGUCCAUACGAAUAAAUGAAAUCGAUAUUAUCUGCAAUGCAACCAAGGUGAUGAAGCUAGUAUAUUAUGCGAACAUUCUGGCCGGUGAGCUGGAACCAAAGCAUUAUCGUGAAUUGGACCUGCGAAACACGUCGCUACCAACGUACACAUACCUCUCGCUCAUUCCCGAAGACGACGACCUGCAGAUGCUCGAUACGGAGGGUCAGUCACGUCAGAAGAAACCGGAAGAUCCUUUGCUAGCGGAACUGGACUUGAAUCCGCUCGACUGCCGAAAGCCACUGGUGCCAUACGAGGAGUUCUACAACGAGAUGCUGUGCGAUGUGAUGGAAGUUGAUUACGAUUAUAUGGCGUACAAGAGUAUCGCCUCGGCAGAGAUCGGUGGUACGUCAACACUCGGGACGGAUCCAUCCAAGCUGUUUAGCUUCAUACAUUAUCCGUUUGUUAUGACGCCCACGACGAAAACACUUGCCCUCUACUUCGAUUCGCGCAUUCGCAUGUUCUCCGAACGGAGGCUUAGCUUUCUGCAGCGGGAACGGCAGCGCCAGCUGCAUCAGAUUAGUAAUAGUAGCGAACUACAGCCAGCAAAUCCGUACCUCAGUUUAAAGAUUCGUCGUGACCAUAUCAUCGAGGACGCGCUGGUCGAGCUGGAGAUCAUUGCCAUGUCGAACCCGAAGGACCUGAAGAAGCAGCUAGUGGUGGAGUUUACGGGCGAACAGGGAAUCGAUGAAGGUGGUGUAUCGAAGGAAUUUUUCCAGCUUAUUAUUGAGGAGAUCUUCAACCCUGACUACGGCAUGUUCAUGACGAAUGAAGACUCCAAUACGGUAUGGUUCAAUCCGGUUUCGUUCGAAAAUGAAGCGCAAUUUACGCUGAUAGGUAUCGUGCUCGGAUUGGCCAUAUACAACAACAUCAUCCUUGCCGUUAACUUUCCCAUGGUGGUCUAUCGGAAAUUGAUGGGAAUGAAGGGAUCAUUUCUCGACUUAAAAGAUCUCAAUCCGGUGCUAUUUAAUAGUUUACAGUCGCUUCUGGAUUAUACGGAGAACGACAUGGAGGAGGUUUUCAUGCAAACAUUCAACAUCGGUUAUCGUGAUGUGUUUGGAACUGUGCUCGAGUACGAGCUAAAACCGGACGGGGACAAAAUAUUUGUCACACAGGACAACAAACAAGAGUUCGUCGAGUUGUACAGCGACUUUAUGCUGAACAAAAGCAUCGAAAAGCAAUUUAUCGCCUUCAGGCGUGGCUUUCAAAUGGUGACUGACGAAAGCCUCUUACAUCUGCUGUUUCGACCCGAAGAGGUGGAGCUGAUCGUGUGUGGCAGCAAGGAGUUUGAUUUUGAUGAGCUCGAACAAUCGACCGAGUACCAGGGUGGGUUUACUGCCGAGUCGGAAACUAUCAAGGACUUUUGGUCCAUCGUGCAUGGGCUUUCGAUGGAGAUGAAAAGGAAGCUGCUACAGUUCACCACAGGCUCCGAUCGUGUUCCCGUUGGUGGUCUUAGUCGGUUAAAGCUGGUAAUUGCCCGCAAUGGUUCGGACAGUGAUCGGCUGCCGACGAGUCACACCUGCUACAAUGUGCUGCUGCUUCCCGAGUACGAUUCGAAGGAAAAGCUUGAGGAACGAUUGCUGAAAGCAAUUAACUAUUCGAAAGGGUUCGGGAUGCUGUAACCAGGCACGGUUCUGUUUCAGUUCUGUGCCUUAGCACGCCGCUCAACACAAACGCUAGAUGUCCGUUCGUCUUGUUUUGAUCAAUCAUGUAAUUAUAGCGAACCUAUACGAAAGACCAACAGCAGCAACAUUUGGGGUAAUAUCCAGCAUGUUUCAUCGGAAACUCCAUUUUCAAAAGUACUGUAUACCCUUUACGGGUUGUUUUGUACUUCAGAAGCUUUUUCUAAAAUAUAUUGUUUAUCUUUA